AUGAGGGAACGACCGUUCAACGUCGUCAUUAUCGGAGCCGGGAUCGCCGGGCUCGCAGCAUCUAUCUUUCUAGCUGAAAAGGGCCAUAAUGUCACUAUACUCGAAGCCGCCCCAAAGCUAGCAGCCGUGGGUGCUGGGAUUCAGCUUCCACCAAAUUCUAUGCACGUUCUGAAAAGACUUGGGGUUGCGAAAUUAUCUUGCUGGCCAAGGUCGAUCUAUUUGAAGCGGUGGAAAGAUGGGAGCGUGGUUGUCCAGACGCCUUUGCAGCCUGACAUCGAACAGCGGUAUGGCGAACCAUACUUGUUGAUUCAUCGGGCAGAUAUCCACGAGGUCCUUCUUGACCGGGCGUCCAAAGCUGGGGUCAAGAUCACCUUGGAUACGUAUGUCUCCAUCAUCAACGAGGCUGAGCCGUCGGUCAUUAUUGGGGACGGCACGAAACUGACGGCGGAUUUGAUCAUUGGUGCAGACGGUCUCAAGUCGCACGUGCGAAAAGCCGUCUUGAAUGGCCAGGAUGUCAGCAUACGUUUCUCCCCGAGCUGCGUCUACCGAACCCUGAUUCCUGCGUCAUCAUUACGAAGCAAUCCGGAGUUGAGGCCUCUGAUUGACAAUGUAGACGCGUUAUAUUGGGUCGGACCCAAAGCGCACAUCAUAGCAUACCAUAUCAGCAACAGUACUCUGUACAACUUUGUUUUGUGUGAUUCAAGCACGCCGUCGGUGGGAUUGGUCCCGAAAGUGGUGCCGUUAAGUGAGCUCCAAGCGAGAUUCAGCGACUGGGACCCCAUCGUUCGCCAGCUCAUCGACCUGGUCCCGGAACCUCUCAAAUGGCAGCUCGCCGAGAUCGAGGAGCAACCUACAUGGGUCUCAAAAUCCGGGAAGGUAGUGGUCAUUGGAGACGCCAGCCACGCGAUGGUUCCGCAUCUUGCCCAGGGCGCUGCUAUGGCUCUGGAGGAUGCCGCCGCCCUGGCGGAAUGUGUGGGCAGGGCAACCGAUCAGACAGACCUUCCCGUCCUCAUGGAUCAUUUCCAAGACAUGCGUCGGGAGCGAUGCUACCGGAUCCAGCGAGAGGCUUGGGCGCUUGGUGACAUGUGGCACCUUCCCGACGGACCGGAUCAGGAGAGACGCGACCAGCACAUGCGCCAGGCUGGCCAUGAGAAAUGGUCGGUCUCCAAGAGCGAAAAUCCAAACCGCUGGGACGACUCAAAGUUCCAGCCGUUUCUCUUUGGCUACGAUGCCUUUCAGGAGGCGACCGCCUACCUUAACUGGCACUAUGCUCCGGAUCGAAGGUCUAUAGAUCCGCAGAGAUGA